AACCCACCGCUCACCGUGAAAAAAGGGGCGGGGAGGGAGGAAAGGCCUUUUCUUUUUCGCUUUCUUCCUGUGAUUCGAUUUUUCUCUCACUUUUCUGUCCGCGUUUGUUCGGAUUGAGGGGGAGGAAGAGAAGGGAGACCGAGGAGGAGGAAGGAGAGAUCGGGCAUGGCGUCGUCGAAGGAUCGAGAGAGCUAUGUCUACCUCGCUAAGCUUGCCGAGCAGGCCGAGCGCUAUGAUGAAAUGGUUGAUGCAAUGAAGAAAGUCGCAUAUUUGGAUGUGGAAUUGACAGUGGAGGAGAGAAAUUUACUCUCCGUAGGGUACAAGAAUGUCGUUGGAUCUCGCCGAGCCUCUUGGCGGAUACUCUCAUCAAUUGAACAGAAAGAAGAGGCAAAAGGGAAUGAAGUGAAUGCAAAAAGGAUUCGGGAUUAUCGCCAGAAGGUGGAAUCAGAACUGUCAAGUAUAUGUGGAAAUGUAAUGACUGUCAUCGAUGAGCAUCUAAUACCUUCAUCUCCUGCUGGUGAAGCUACUGUGUUUUACUACAAGAUGAAGGGUGAUUACUAUCGAUACUUGGCUGAGUUCAAGACUGGAAAUGAGAGGAAGGAGGCCGCAGAUCAAUCACUGAAAGCUUAUGAGGCAGCUUCCACUACAGCCGAAGCUGAUUUGCCACCCACCCAUCCUAUUAGAUUGGGCUUGGCACUAAAUUUUUCAGUUUUCUACUAUGAGAUUUUGAAUUCGCCUGAAAGAGCUUGCCACCUUGCAAAACAAGCAUUUGAUGAGGCUAUUUCUGAACUCGAUACUUUGAGCGAAGAAUCUUACAAAGACAGUACUUUGAUUAUGCAACUGCUGAGGGACAACUUAACAUUGUGGACAUCUGACAUCCCAGAAGAUGGGGCUGAAGACCAACAAAAGAUGGAGACCUCUGCCGGUGCGACAGUUGAAGGUGCAGAGUAAUGAAGAUCGUUACGGCUUUCUGGAUCAAGAAGAAGGGUGCAAGGUGUACUGGUGUGUAUUAGGAAAGUGCAGUGUGUUUGGGUUCAAUGAGAGUUAUAGGUCAUUGGUAGCUACAAGCUGCUUUCCUUGGAGGAUAGGGAAUUUGUGUGCUGUCUGCUCUGGGAAGUCUGUACAACAUGGCUGUAUUUUUUUCCACUCUUGGGCUCUGUGUGGAUUCUUCCCUCCGGUCCUUUAUCUGCGUGUUAGCUCUUCCAGUUUCUUCUUUCAUUUGCCUCACAUGUCGAGUGAUUAUGCUAGCGUCGUAGUUACAUGUUUUGUUACUUUAUGAACCUGUUCGUUUUAACGAGUGUAUAGAUGCAGUUGUGUUUCUGGGUUA